AAAACUAUAGUCUAUAUAAAUUCAAUAACAUAACAUUAAAAAAAAAAUGGAACUACUACCCUUUUAAAGAGUUUGAACAAUAAUUUUUUCGCCUUUGUCAAAAAAUGGCUAUGGGUUCAUCAAAGAUUUCAGCAAUGUUCUUCAUUUGUAUGAUUUUCAUGUCAAUAUGUUUGUUACCACCAGCUUAUGCUUCAUAUGGUCAAUGCCCAUGUACUCCUCCUUAUCCACCUUACGAACCACCUAGUCCACCUGGCGCUACCCCACGCCCGCCACAUCCUCCAAAAUCUCCAGGUCAUCACCCUCAUCCACCUAAGUCUCCUGGUAGGCCCCACCCUCCACCAUCGACUCCACGUCCGCACCCACCAACCACCAAACCGCCACCUCACCACGGCGGACCACCUCCUAAGGUCUUGCCACCUAUCGUCUUUCCACCACCUGUCGUAUCACCUCCAAUCACUCGUCCACCUGGCAUUUCGCCUCCAAUCACCCAGCCGCCACCUGGCAUUUUACCGCCUAUAGUCAAUCCACCCGGCGUUAUCCCUCCAAUCACUAGGCCACCUGGCAUCCUUCCACCAAUUUCAAGGCCACCUGGCUUUAUUCCACCUAUCAUAAACCCUCCCGGAAUUUUCCCACCAAUAACAAAUCCACCUGGAGGAGGAGGAGUUUCGCCGCCACCAUCUGGUGGUGGCGGUGGCGGUGGUGGAUAUCCUCCUUAUGCACCUCCUGGUGGAGGUGCACCAGGUGGUGGUGGUGGUGGAGGCGUUCCAGGUAUUGUUCCGCCUCCACCAGCUACGUGUCCAAUAGAUGCAUUGAAACUUGGGCUUUGUCUUGAUGUACUUGGAGGAUUAGUGCAUAUUGGUAUAGGGAAUCCAGUGGAACAUAUAUGUUGCCCAGUAUUACAAGGAUUGCUAGAGCUAGAAGCUGCUAUUUGUCUAUGCACAACUAUAAGACUUAAACUUCUAAACCUUAAUAUUUUCCUUCCACUGGCACUUUCAGUUCUUGCAACAUGUGGUUUAACUCCUCCUCCUGGUUUUGUUUGUCCUCCUCUUGUUUGAAUUACUAAGGUUUUUAGUUAAUUAAUUAUGUUGGUCUUUCGUUUGUAAUAUUUUGUAAGGUACGUAAGAGGUAAAAUGCAAAUAAUUAUGAGUUCCUAAGUCUUUGUUUUUAAUUUGUAUCUUUGUUAUGUUUGGUACUUUAAUUU